AUGUCCAACAAUAAUACCAAUAAUAAUAAACAGUUAACUGAUCCUGGUCAUCAAUUGGUACCCAAUUAUGUACACUAUGUACUGUUUAGAGUCAAUGAGAUACAGUUUCAACAUUUUAUAUCUAUACUAUCAGUCCUACGUAAUCAACGUCCGGAUCGUCUAUACAUACAUUGCGAUUGUCGGGAACUGGUAGGUCAGUACUAUAGACGCGCACAGUUAGCUGCCAAUAGGACUGGUAGCCGAUUGAUUGUCCGACAGAUCCGGAUGCCUACCCAUGCUUACGGUACGGCUAUUAAUUCUACACAUCUGCCAUGGCAUGCAUCGGAUAUAGUUAGGGUACAGGUGCUCAGGAAAUUUGGUGGUAUCUAUUUGGAUAGGGAUGUCUAUGUUAUCAAAUCGUUUGAUGAGUUUUUUAAAUAUCCGAUGACUUUGGACUUUCAAAAUGUCUUUGAAAUCGGCAAUCAAGUACUCAUAGGCCAUCCGUCGUCACAAUUUUUGCGUCUAUACUCCCAAUCGUUUAGCAAAUACGAUGCCAACAAAACUUUCUACUUUAAUGCAGGGGUACGCCCGGUGCUCGACAUUGUACACAAAUGGCCAAAACUUAUACACCGUAUGACCGGCCAGUUUGGUGUCCGACCCGACAUAUGUCGCUAUCUGUAUACGAGUUUUGAUCGCCAAAACUGGGAGGCCGUCAAUGACACCGAUACCGACCAAAGCACCGGUAGUUACUAUUAUUCGGCACAUCUACUCAUACGAGGCAACGAUUUCUAUGAAAACGGCCGCAAAUGGUGUCUACCGGACAUAAGUCCGGCAGUUGUCUGGUAUGACGAACAGGUUGUCCGUACGGUUAACAAUACGUUUGCCGCAAUGGCCCGCAAUGUACUGGACUUUGAGCGCCGAUUGGUUGGCCAAACAUUAAUAAAAUUAUAA